AUGACGAGGCUUCGCGGAGCUUCUCUCGACGGUCCGAAUACGGCUCAGCAUGGUGGCAGCGAGCGAUCUCAAUACACUCGAUCCAAGAUCCCACCAAAUGCGCCGGAGGUUAUCGUACAAAAUACCGUUGAAGUCACGGACCCUUCUCGCGUCCUACCGUGGUAUCGGGAUGAGCGCCGGAGGCGAUUUAAUAUCCUGGUUCGAAGGUACAAAAACCAGCUGCUACAUGGAUGUGAUGACCCAGGAUGCCGUACCCCAACCUGUGCCAGUCGACGUCGGAGAGUCAGCGAAGGCCCGUAUCGCCGAUACACCGAACUCAGCGCGCGAACUCUAGCCUGUUACCUUGCCAGCCAGGACGAUCCAGAAAGCGGGCUCUGCUGCAAUAACCCCCGGUAUUCAUCCGACAUGACGAUCCAUGACUAUCACCGUAUCUCGCUCCAGCGAUCUCGAGCCUUCCAAGCACAUGCUGUCGCUGUUGCUGCAGAAGCAGAUCGCCAUGGUUCCCGAGCCCCACGAGAACAAGCAGACAAUUUCAAUCACGGAACACCUGCGGACCCGAUCGAGCAAGCGGGAGAAUCGAAUAUUGCGAGUGGUAUCGCAGGAAUAACAUUCGACGACGCGCAGCCGAGCACUUCCGAUUUUCAAGACCUUGACUACGUUGCCGAACAACCCCUCAAAGAUCCUAAAUCAUUUACCCAAAAUCUCUUCGAUACAUUGUCAUUACGCAUGGUAGAAUGGCUUCCACUGCGACGUGCAGCUGAGAAGUUACAGCCGCCUCGGAGUCGAUCGAUGGCCUACCCGGAAAGCAAUGAGACACCAAAUUACCCAAAGGGACAAGAGACAGGAGCAGACAAACCGAAAACAGAUCACAGCCAGGUCACCCCUUCGAAUGCGAGGAACCCUUUACCGCGCACUCCUUCAUCCCGAACUUCUGGAACGCAACCCUCGGCCGUGGAACUUACGUUUCAAAACCAGCAUGUCAAGCGACUGUCGCUUCCUGAAGCAGAUAAUUGGCGACAGUCAUCUCGAUCUAGUCUCGAAGAAAAGAAGCGGCCAGAGUACAAAAGCCAAAAACUGUCAAUGAACGCCCAUCUCGCUUCAAACGAGUUUACUAGCAUGCCCUCGCCACCAGCAUUGAAACGCCGCCCCCAGAAACAUCGCGGUAGAGCCGGGGAUUUGGAUAAAGCACGGUCUAAAGAUCAUCUGAAAAAUCAACGCCGUGUAUCAUGGGACAGUGAGAAGCUAUUGACUGAGACAACUAUUGGCGCAAGCACAGAAAACCUUCAACCGCCUCCUCCACAGUCGGACAUCGAUUUUGACACUCCUACAAAUCGUAAACCGAAGCCGAGUUCCAUGCGCCGCACGGCAAAUGUAGCCCCGUUAGCUCAGUCUAUUUCCCAUUUUACGCCGGAGAUUAUCGAUGGUCUUAGUCAAGUCAUGUUUCCUUCCCAGGAAGAUGCAGAAGCUUGGCAAGAAGAGCUUGAUCGCAUACAGUCCAUGGGAAGCUUUGACAACCCUGAUUGGAAAUUUGCAACGUCCCGCCAGCGCCAGGUUUUCCCUUUUAUCGCCCAAAGUGCGUAUUUUAUCUUCAGCAGUACGGGGCAGAUUUUACAGUCGUUCGGGAGAGAUGCGCUCGAACUCGAUACAGCAGCCAACAAGAUGAACCAACGCCUGGAUGUCUCAAAGCUUCAAGGUUCUCUGCAGAGGCUUUUCACUAUCUGCCCAUGGGACAUUGCUUUGCACAGCUUGUGGAGUUCGCUGGACAAGCUUUUCUUGCCGCCCAAUGAGUUAGCGUCCUCUGGGCGACCUUCUCGUCGUUCGUCUCGAAGCUCUACUAUGACCAGUUCCGCUCCCCCUGUGGUACGGCGACUCUCCGAAUCCGCCAAUAAUGAGCAAUUGUCUGACGCAGACGCUGCUUACAUAGCUACUGUUGCUUUCUUUGUCUUGGUCAGCUCAGUUCCAGAUCUGGAAAUCGGCACGUGGCGUGGGAUUCUGCGGAUGCGGGCUGCUGGAACUGUCGCCUCUUCUGCUGAUAUGCAAAAGUUGUCUCCUGAACAUGCACAGCAAGCCGUGGAAGCCACCGACAGGCUUGAACAUGAAUUAGGCCUCCGCUUGAUCAAUCGUCUUGUCCGUGCUCUCGCCGCCAGACUCGCUUAUCACGAGAUAUCCAAAGCUCGUCAAGUGUACAGCCUUGAUCUACCCAAGCAACGCAAAGCCAACGUACUCGAUCGCAUCAUGGAUCAUUUCAGCGAGCAACGACCUCAAAACUUCUCGGAGACCGAGGACUCAUCUUCUCACUCCACUGGGCCUAUUCCCCUCAUUGUUGAGUGGCUCCGAACGCUUUUCCUCCGUGAGUGGGAUGGUAACCCGGAACUGGCCCGCAGCAGCGCGGCUGGUGGCGCAGUGCAGAUCCUGGCUUUGAUGUAUAAAGAACGACAUCGGUUGGGUCUGCUUCCUGAAGACUUCCACACUCCCAUUCUCGCUGAGCGGCUGGACCCUCUCGAGAUGCCUGUUGCAUGGCUGGGGAAUCUCUCAAAUAACCGCACGAUGCACCUUCUCUCGAAUCCAUUCCUCUUCCCGCCGUCGUUCCUGGUCAUUUACUUCAGAGCUCUCAAUCACUCGGCGAUGUCCAAAUAUUACGAGGCUGCGAUGACUACCACGCGGCAUAUCACACAGUCUGCUUUUAGCAGCAUCACGAUUGCAGAUGAGGCUGCGCUUCUAGCCCGCAUGAAGACCUCCAUGUCCACCUAUCUGGUUCUGGUGGUUCGCCGAGAUAGUGUAUUGACCGAUGCUCUCAACCAGCUCUGGCGUCGAGAGAAGCGAGAGCUCAUGCGCCCGCUCAAGGUGCAGAUGGGCAUGGACGAGGGCGAAGAAGGAUUGGAUCACGGUGGUGUCCAGCAAGAAUUCUUCCGUGUACUCAUGAGCGAAGCCUUGGAUCCAUCUUACGGCAUGUUCACGAUGGACAGCCGGCAUCGUGUCUCCUGGUUCCAACCCUGGUCUUGGGAACCGCUUUACAAGUUUGAGCUCCUCGGGCUGCUGAUGUCUAUAGCCGUAUACAAUGGUCUCACGCUUCCCAUCAACUUCCCAGUGGCAUUCUAUCGCAAGUUAUUGGGACUUAAAGUCAAGCAUCUUGAUCAUAUUCGCGACGGCUGGCCUGAGCUUACUCAGGGUCUGGACUCCCUCCUCGCCUGGAGUGAUGGCGAUGUGGGCGAUGUCUUCAUGCGCACGUAUGAAUUCAGCUUUGAGUCUUCGGGCUGCGUGGAGACAGUUGACAUGCAAAAGGUUGGUCGUGACGAAGUUUGGCCUGUCUCCAAAGCAACGAGUGCAGACAUCGUUGAUCACGAAGCCGUGCGGUCGGACGGCUCUCACCACAUUGACUCAGAAGGGGCAUCUCAUCUCGCUCCAUCCAUUCGGCCAAUCACUCCUACCGUCGAAGCGCCUCUCGUGACAAAUGAGAAUCGCAAUCAGUUUGUCAAAGAUUACAUUUUCUGGCUCACGGACAAGUCGAUUAGGCCGCAAUUCGAGGCAUUCCUGCGAGGCUUCUAUACUUGCCUCGAUCGCUCCGCUCUAUCAAUCUUCACCCCCGAAGCACUCAAGACCGUCGUGGAAGGAAUCCAAGAAAUUGAUGUGGCAGAACUCGAGCACCAUGCUCGCUAUGAGGGCGGAUUCGGACCUACUCACCGAGUCAUCCGGGACUUUUGGAGUGUGGUUCAGCAAUAUCCGCCCGAUAAGAAGGCGCAGCUCCUGGAAUUCGUCACCGCCAGCGACCGAAUUCCCGUCAACGGUAUCUCGAGCAUCAUGUUCGUGAUCCAGAAGAACGGCGUUGGAGAUUUGCGCCUUCCGACCAGUCUGACAUGCUUCGGUCGUCUACUGCUUCCCGAGUACUCCUCGAAGGAGGCACUGGCUGAGAAGCUGGACAAGGCCCUUGAAAAUGCACGAGGAUUCGGCGUUGCCUAA